AUGCGUCCCAUCCUAUUCUCGACUCGAAGCGACCGCGUCAACCAAUUCAAAGAGGCCCACAAGAAUCGCAAGACAAGAGUGGAAGGAUCCAAACUUUUCUUUGUCUAUCAAACAAUGAAUUGCACGCUUUCGAGAUUGGAAGAGAAGAUUUUUCCAUGUAAUUACCAUUUAAUACGCGCUGAAAAUUUUACAGCGAUGUUGUUAUAUGCAAACUCAAAAUGA